AUGGCUCAGAGUGACUUCCUCUACCCAGAAAACCCAAGGAGGCGGCAGGAAGUGAACCGUCUUCACCAGCAGCUCCUGGACUGCCUGUCUGACAGCUUCCAGGUCACCAACAAGCUGGCAGGGGUCCUGAACACCCACUUGGGCUGUAAGCUGGCCUUCAUCGAAAUGAAAAGAGAUGGGACCAUCAAAGAAAACUGUGACAUCAUUAUCCAAGCCAUGACAAAAAUCCAGAAGGAACUGCAAAAGGUUGAUGAGGCACUGAAAGAGAAACUGGAGCCAACGCUUUAUAGGAAACUUCAGGAUAUCAAGGAAAGGGAGACAGAGAAGAUAGCAAUUGUGCAAAAGGUCAUUUCUGUCAUCCUGGGAGAAGCUACAUCUGCAGCCAGUGCAGUGGCUGUUAAACUCGUGGGCUCAAAUGUCACAACUGGCAUAAUUAACAAGCUGGUCACUGUGCUAGCUCACAUUGGGACUUCUCUCCUUGGUAGCAUUGGAAUUGCUGUGCUCAGUCUUGGCAUAGAUAUGAUCAUCCAAGCCAUCUUGGGAGCAGUGGAGAAGACACAGCUUCAAGCAGCCAUCAGAAGUUACGAGAAGCAUCUGGUGGAGUUCAAGGCUGCCUCAGAGAGGUACCAUCACGCCAUCACUGAGGUCAGCAGUGCCGUGAAGCGCCAGAUAAGAUGA